UUGUAAUAUUAAGAGAAAGAGAGAGAGACAGAGAGAUGGAGUUUAACGGAGCCUACCUGAUGGUCUUGUUAUUGGCUUUCAAUAUUGUGGGAUCGACCCAUGCAUCAGAUCCUGAUAUCAUCUCUGAUUUUGUUCUGCCUCCGGGCCAGAAUCCCGCAAAUGUUGAUGGCAAUUUCUUCACCUUCACUGGACUCCGACAGGUUGGAAGCAACAAUUUAACCUGGCAGAGCAAUGUGAAGGUGACAAAGGCGUCAAUGGCAGAGUUCCCUGCUUUAACAGGACUGAGCGUUUCAAUGGCAGUGCUGCAGUUCCCUGCUGGUGGGGUGAACCCUCCUCACACUCACCCUCGCGCUUCAGAACUUCUGUAUCUUAUGAGCGGAUCUCUAGAAGUUGGAGUGGUUGACACCACCGGAAAGCUGUUCACGCAGAGCUUGUAUGCAGGAGAUUUGUUCGUGUUUCCCGCAGGACUGGUCCAUUUCCAAUUGAACAAGGACUAUAAGAACAUCGCAUUUGCUGUUUCUGGGUUUGGAAGCGCCAACGCAGGGACUGUUUCACUGCCCUCUACUCUAUUUACAAGCGGUAUAACUAGCGAUGUUCUGGCCAAGUCAUUCAAGACAGAUGCCAAAACUAUUGAGAUGCUCAAGGCUUCCCUCAAAGCUUAA